AUGCACCCGUUGAAAUCAGGAGAUCACGUGUCGUUGGCAAGUCAGGGAAAAGAUACGGUGGCGCUGGGAGUUGAUCCUGGGAUAGAAUUCACAUUCAGAGCUGUCCUGAUGGAGUACAAUUACACCGGUGUAUUACUUGGCACGGAUGACAGCUUGAAAGUGGACCGUCCUCUCGGCAAGAAGGUCAUCAGUUCACCCUCGUAUGAGGCGUCCGAUCCUCCCAAGGACACCGCCGGACGUGCCCUGGAGGACUUGUACUAUAUCAACGCUCGUCUCGGGCAAGGGAACUUCGCGACGGUUCAUAGUGCGACGGAGAAAAAGGAAGGGGGGAAGCAGGUGGCCGUGAAGGAGUUGGAUUUGGCUAAGCUGCUGAAGUUCCAGCAAAGCACCAAGUCCAAUAGCGUCACAUUUCGGUCCGAGUUCGAAGUCCUACGGGAGUUGGACCAUCCAGCCAUCGUCAAAUUUUAUACGUACUUCGAGAACCAUCGAAGCCUCUUUAUUGUAACUGAAUUGAUGCAAGGCGGAGACCUGCUGGAAAGGCUCCUCAGUCACGGCGCGUAUCGAGAGCCCGAUGCUCGAGUGCUCUUCCGCGACCUUUGCAGUGGAGUUGCUUAUAUGCACAGCCACAACAUCAUCCAUCGGGACCUCAAGCCUGAGAAUGUAU